AUGCGGCAAACAGCGCAGUACCCUCCAGGCCUGGCCCAGUGCACUUCCACCUCGCCCUACGUUGGCUUUGAGGGCCAGCUGACUGAGUUCGAGCACGAUGUCAGCGGCACGGUGCGCAUCGUGGACGACUGCACUUUUGAGGUCUAUGGCUUCACCUAUGACGGCCAGGGCCCCAAAGUGUGGUGGUGGGGCGCCCCUUCCACAGACAACGGGGACAUCCGCAGCGAGGGCCGCCGCAUCGUGCCUGGCCAGCUGACCCGCGGCUACGACGGGGAGACGGCCACCUUCACCCUGGGCGACGGCAUCACGUUUGACGACUUCUCGGUCAUCAGCCUGUGGUGUGAGGAGUUCUUCGCAGACUUUGGGCACGUGGAGCUGCAGCAGGUCAGAUCUGAGACCCCCGUGCCCGACUCGCCGCAGCCUGAGCCCGAAGCGCCUGAGCCAGAGCCCCCUGCCUCUUCUCCCCCCUCCCCCGAGCCCUCUCCCGCUGGGGAGCCCGCCCCAGCGCCCGGUCCUGCGGCUGGAGCCGACUUCGACCUUGCCAACUGCGUUGAGCUGCUGCCCGGCUAUUUCAACCUUCACUGGGAGGUCGUCGACUCCCAGCUGGUGAUCGGGUUGGAGGGGCGCGUGGGCGGCGACAACCGCUGGCUAGCCUUUGGCUUCUCCGCCGCCAACGCCACCGACGUCACCAUGCCCGGCUCCGACGUGGUCGUGGGCGGCAUGAUCGGCGGCGAGUGCUUCGCCUUUGACUACAUGCUGCAGAGCCGUCUGCAGUGCAGUUACACCGAGCGUGGCGGCGUGUGCCCCGAUUUCGGCCUGUCGGGAGACCCGGCCACCAACCAGGUGGAGCUGUUGGGGUGCAGCAAGGUGGGAGAGGUGCUGGCGGUGACGCUGACGCGCCCACUGGCGGCCAGCGACGCCUGGGACCGCGCCUGGCCGCUCGACGGCUCCGGCUUCCCGGUGUGGGCAGUGGGCCCCGUCAGCGAGGGCAGCAACGUGACGGAGCCGGUGGUGCUCUACCACCGCAUCCAGCUCCCGGGCCUGGCGGCAGAAGAAAGCGUGCACGCCCCCGUGGGGCAAGGCUACCGCCUCGACCUCGGCGCCGCCUCCCCGCCCUCCUCCUGCCGCCCGCUGCUGGCAGAGGCGGGGGCGCCGGCGGGGGCGCCGACGCCGGGCGCGGCGCCCGCGGCCGCGCCGCGCACGCCCGUGGCGACGCUGUCGGGCGUCGCCGAAUUCAACGUGACGGAAGGAGCCAACCCCAACUACCCCAACCCGCCUGGGUGGGGAGUGUCUUACCAUAUCAACCAGCAGGAGUCGCCCGUUCUGAGCGUCGUGCGCGGCACGCCCUACACCUUCAGAGUCAUGGCGGGCCCCAACCAUCCUUUCUACCUGACCGACAGCAUCGUGGGUGGCGGCUCCUUCAGCGGCUUUGCCAACGAGACGAUCUAUGGGGGAGGCGAGGAGGCACACGGCACCGAGGAGGCUCCAUUCCUGCUGGAGUGGAUGCCAGACGCCACCACCCCCGACCUGCUGUAUUACCAGUGCACGAUCCAUAUGAAGCUUGGGUGGCGGGUGCAGGUGGCGGACGCAUGA